UAUGUAUAAUUUCUAUGCGUAACUGUAAAAAUUGCAAAAAUUAAGUAAAAAUGGGAAAAGGAUUUAACAAUUAUAUGUGCAAGAAAUUUUUCCAUCCAGCAUCGCGAGAUAAUUUAAAACGAGUAUGGAUGGCAGAACAACAAGCGGAAGCUUACAAGAAGAAGCAGGAAGAACUACGGGUACAAUAUGAGAAAGAGCAGGACCUUCAUAAUAAUAAAGCAUUACUUAGUAAGGAGAGCAAGGAUAAACUUAGCGUGAAUUUUAUGUAUGAGCCACCUCCCGGAGCAAAAAAGGAAAGAGAGAAGGAAGACAAUGAACCUGAGUACAAGUUUGAAUGGCAGCGGAAAUAUAAUGCUCCGAGAGAAAGUUAUUGCAAAGGAGAUAGCGAAAUACGAGAUCAACCCUUUGGCAUCCAAGUAAGGAACGUAAGAUGCAUAAAAUGCCACAAAUGGGGACACAUAAAUACAGAUAAGGAGUGUCCAUUAUACAGCCAAGCAAUGAGCGUCGUAAUGGCAAAUAAUAAUUCGCAAGUAUCAUCUGCUCCAGAUACUAUGACACUUGUGCAACAAAUGCGAGAGGAUGGUCUGGCCCUGAAAAAAUCUGUAUUGGAUGCACAACAGCAUUUACGAAUUCCAGAACAUGAGCACCUCAUGGUGUCUGAAGAUGAAGACCAGUCAGAAUUAUCUUUUCUAAAAUUGUUGUCGAAAAAGGAAAAGAAGAAAUUAUUAUUGAAGCUGAAGGUAUUAGAAAAGAAAAAUCGCCUGAAAAGUAAACGAAAAUUGAAAAAGAAAAAAUUAAGCAGUAAUAAUAACAAAUCUAGCAGUAGUGGUAGCGAUACUAGUAAUAGUGACAGCAAUAGUAGCAAUAGUAACACACACACCAGCAGCGAUUCAGAGGAUUCUCAUUCAAAAAGCAAGAAAAGGAGGAAGAAAUCCGAUUCUAAAGAGAAAUCUACUCAUAAACAUAAAAAAAAACGAAAUGACAAUGUGCACAAGUACAGACAUAAAAAGAGGAGCAACAAUGACAAAUAUGAUACAGAUAAGAAUCGCUACGAUAGAGAAAAGAAAAUUAAAACUGAAGAUAAAAAUAGAGACAAGCGUUAGCACAGCGCUGCAAAGCAAAGGAAGGGCGUAUAUAUUAUUAAUAAUAAUUUUUAAAAUGUUUAUA